CCACUUUGAGGCAGACUUUGGGGUCUUUGCAUCAGCAUCAAUGCAGCCGACAGAUAAUUAUGCUGAUAUCCACGAAGCCAUGAAGCGGGUCGAAGCUGAGCAGAAGCUGAAGGAGGCCAGUAACUGGAGUGAUCCCUUUGGGGAAUUUGAAGAAGCUCCUGCCUCCAGAGGGAAAGCCAUGGCUGACUUUGGCUCAAAACCACUGCAGCUGAACGUAUGUACUGCCGACGAAGAAGACGAAGAUUUUGGUGACUUUAUGGGGCCUGAUGCAGGGAUUGGCGAUGUAGAAGGGCUCUCUGCCAACCAUUCCUUCCCACGACUUACCGAGGCCUUGGGAGAAACUCAGUCUGUUGCCAGUUUGGAGCUACCAGGCUUGGAGAUGACCGUUGGUCUCCAGUCCGAGUUUCCAGGGUCAGGGCAGUCACCUGAUUUGUUCUCUCAGGCAAGGAACGAGACUUGUGUGGAGGACCAACUGCGCAGCCUCACCCUGGACUCUGGGAUAGCUCAGGAUGUGAACUCGACCAGUAGUUCGAGGAACGCCCUCGGAAAUGGUGCCACGAGUCCCUCUGCUGCCACAAACAAUGUCCUGGACUCCUUUGGCAGUGGGCUGGUGGACAAGUAUAGCAUCAUAAGGGAGGAAGCAAGCAAGAACUCGUAUGACGAAGCACACACUGGGUCGUGGCAGCGGUGCCUGGAGGGAAGCAUAAGGCUCAUGGAGCAGGCAAGGGAAAUCCUUACCAACCUGUCUGACCCGAAGCUCAAAUCCCAGGUCUUGGCAACCAGUCAGAUGCAGGAUUAUUUAUCCAACCUUCAAGAGGUGUGGUUCGUGUGUGAGCGGAUUACCUCCUCCAGCCAACAGGUCACAACUAGCACAAAGGUAGACGAGCUACUGACCCAAGCCAAGAGUCUAUGGGAGGAGGUCAAGGGGUCGGUGGACGUCAGCAUACCCAAGAUGGAGGGCAGUGAGAAGGACAACCAGAUGAGCGAGAGCGAAGUGUGCGGGGUCUGCCUGUCGGGGGGUGGGAGCAAACUCACCUAUGGAGGCCACUCGUACCACCCCCCUUGUGCCAAUCUGUGGCUCAACUGCGUCGACCUCCUCCUCCCCUCGCUCACGCCCGUCACCUUGCUCUGAUUGGCCUCGGGUGGGAAGGAGGCAGGGGGCUAGCGUGGGAAUGAUGGGCCUGAAGUUUAUAUAGCGGUCAUUUUCUUUUCUUUCUGCUGUUUAUUUCCCGUGUGUUCAUUCUCUCUGGCUUGUCAAAUUUUGUUGGUUUCAAUUUUUUCCCCCUUCGUUUUAUAUUUCUUUUAUUUUUUUAAAUGCCUUUUGCUCUUCUUCAUUUUUUUUUUUAUCAUGAGGUCUACUUAUUUCACUUGUCUAUGUAUCUAUCUGUCUGUCUCUCCUUUAUUUAUUUUUGCUUUCUUCAUAGUCCAACGUACUUAAAGAUACAUGACAUUUCUACUUUUGCACGAACUGACAUGAACAAAAGCAUUAUUAUGCUUGCAUUUCUUGUGUUAAUUUUAUGAAAUAAUUUGUGCCGAGACGAAGAAACCAAAUAACCUAGGCAUUAAUAUGAUAAAAUGACUUAGGAAAAGCAGUGUAUUGUAGGUUUAUUUUGUGUACAUAUUUUAUGUAAGGACUCAACUUUGUCUAGUCUUGUAGAAUAACCACCCAUGUAUAUCUGGUAUCUAUGUCUGUUUCAUUAUAUAUAUAUAGAUUGGUAUAAAUAUCUGCUGUGUACUGUACAUGUAUGUAUGAUACUGUAUCAUUUUUUAAAGUGGGAAUAAGUGCCUGUUUGUGUACAUAAAAGUUACUGAUAUUCCUUCCCAGAGAGUUUGUUAGAGUAUAUGAAACAAUUGAACAUUCCAUUUGUGAACUAAACACUGUGAUCAUUUUUUUUUUUUUUUUCAACUUGUAUAAUUUAUCAUGUUUCACAAUGCACAGAAAUUUUAUGUAUCAGUCAUUUUUUUUCUCUCUCUUUUUUUUCAAACUUUGGAACCACUCCAAGGUGAUAUUGUAUGGCUGGCAUAUGAAAGAAAAAGAAUAUUUAAAAAAAGGAUUAUUUUUUUCCCCCCCAUAUUUUUUCAUAUAUUUAUAUAUACUUCUUUGUAAUGAAACUCUCUUGAUUUUUCUUUUACUCUUAUUUAAUGUAUAACUUACAAUAAAUUAUAUGAGAAAUGUACAACCAGUACAAAAUAUAUUAACUGUACACUAGUUCAAGCAACAAGAACAAUAAAAAAUAUAGAUCAUGUAGCACCUCUUCGGAAAUACUAACAACAUUUGGCAUGAGAACAGCAAUUUAGCCCUUAAAAAAAUUACAGAACUGGCAACCUCUUCCAUAAAGCCCUUAAAAAAAAAAAAAGAGAAAAAAUAAAGAGGAGCAAACUCGCUCCCUUUCUCUCACGCUGAAUAUUAAAAAGUUAGAGAAAUAAAGAUGAGAAAUAGACGCAGAGGAAGAAGAAGAAGAAGAAAAACACCAAAUUAUCUGUCAACAUGCAAAUUGCUCAUCUCACCAAAUGUUAUAUUAUAAGUAAAAGACACUUCAUAAUCGUCACCCUUUAUACAGACAUCGGAGGAAGAACUGAUUCACUCGGUUUAUAAUCUAAGGCUUGUUUACUAUCUGGAAAUUGUCUUUAAUAUUGCUUUUUCACAUGUGAUGCGAUACAUUGUUCUCGUCUGUGGUUCAAUUUGUAAAUGUUUGAUUUGUAUUUUCUAUUCGUAUGUUAAUCAUUAUUU